UGCUAGUUAUUUGAUGCAGAAAGACAGACAGACCGGCUGGAAAGGUUAGCAGAAGAAAAAAAAGAUAUGAAGAAACAGAGGUUCACUUUGACUUUCUCUCUGUUCCUUAUGGGGAGCCUGCUGACUGUCACAUGGUACACAUUGGACGACAAUGAUGGAGAAAGUUACCGAGAAGAGCCUCAGAUGAGUAGUGUUCACGCCUUUCCUUCAUGUAAGAACUGCGGGGAGAACAUAAAGAAAGCCUUAGAGGUUUACUCUGAAAUCUGGACAAAAAAAGACUACAAUAGUGAAAAAUUCAGGUUGGACCUAAAAGCCAACGUCAACGGUUUUGAUGAGGCCAUACUAACCCAGGCGAACACUAAAGUGGGAUCGAUACUCAUUUAUGCCGGCGAGAGAAAGAGGACUUUUAAUGUGACCCCAGAGAUUUUCGACUUGUUUCCAAAGGGGCAUCCUUUCUCAAACAAAAGAUGGGACACGUGUGCCGUCGUCGGGAACGCUGGGAUCAUAGCAAACAGCAGCUGUGGAAAAAUGAUAAAUUCAGCUGAUUUUGUUAUUAGGUGCAACCUACCCCCUUUGACAAAUGGAUAUGAGAAAGAUGUUGGUACCAAGACAGACGUUGUGACAGCAAAUCCGUCCAUCUUCUUAAACAAGUAUGAGGCUCUAACAGAACGUCGAAGUCCGAUAAUGGAAAGGCUGAGUAGCUACGGCAGCUCGCUGCUACUCCUCCCUGCUUUCUCUUUUGGCAUGAACACUGAUGUAUGUUUGCGGACUCUUUACACCCUUCAGGACUUUCAAGCAGACAUCCAACCUGUCUUCAUCAACCCCGACUACCUCCAUAAACUCUCUCUCUUUUGGCGCUCACAAGGGUUGCAAGAAGGACGACUCACCACCGGAGUCAUAAUGGCAAGCCUAGCUUUGGAGCUUUGUGACAAUGUGCAUCUUUAUGGAUUUUGGCCCUUCAGUGUUCAUCCAUACAAGAUAAAAAAUCUGACUAAUCACUAUUAUGAUGACAUGAAACCAAAUACACAUGUUCACUCAAUGCCAUCUGAGUUCAACACAUUGCUGCAACUGCACAGAGAAGGUGUGUUACGUCUACACCUGGGAGAUUGCGAGGAUUCUACCAAUGACUUUUAUGCUUAAUCCUUUUAAAAGGAAUGAACCUUGACCAUUCCUAACUAGGAACUGUUUUUUUUUUUUGCUAGGCUUGCAGCCAAACUACCAUAAUGUACUGUUGUCUUGAAAUGAGAUGAACUUUGAUUAUAUAACAAUUGGCAACAAAACCCCCAAUGAAACAAAAUGCCAACUAUAGUUCUUAAAGGGAUUGAAAUUUUAAAAAGGGGGCAAAGAAAAAAGUGUUCUGUUGUAGACCAGUUCACGCGUGACGUCACAAGUUACAUCCGCGCUACAUCCGGGUCCCGCGGGUAGGCAAAAAACAGAA